AUGACAGAACUGGAACAGCGUCCAGUACUGGUUAAGCAGGAAAUAGCUGAGCCGUCAGUACCCAAUCGUUUACUGAAGAGCCUGCUUGACGCUACUCGCAAGCAGGUACAAGCGGCAACAACAAUGGUCGACGGGCCCAACUAUAAACCCAGCGGGGUGUUGGCUGCAGACGCUGCCGCAAAGGGCCUCACCGCGCAAACAAACUACGCCGAGCCUGUGGACAGUUGCAAUCCGCCGGCUAACGCGAACCAGCGCCUCUACACUUUUGAAAACCACGACGAUAUUCAGAGCACAAUCCGCCUGGAUAACGCCCGGUUCUACACGCUGGGACGUAGCAAAGCAUGUGAUAUCCGGGUUGACCAUGACACCGUGGCAGACCUCCACGGCGUGUUACAAUACCGCAAGGUUGACGAUGCCGUGAAGAUUUAUCUCAUCGAUUUGUCCUCUCCGACUGGCGUGCUGGUUAACGGCACGCGCGCACCCUCCGCAAGCUUUGUCGAGCUACUCAACCAGGACGUGAUCAAGCUGGGUUCCAGCGAGACCGAGUUCAUAUUUAUUGACGGGAAUGCAUAG